UUUGAGCGACGAAAGGGUUGGAGUGCGGGGUGCUCGCGGGCGGAGGGCGGCGCGAGGCCGCGCACGCGCCCGCCGCUGGCUACGGCGCGGCUCCGACACACGCGUUGACACCGGCGUGCGCGAUGGACGACAAGCCCGCCGCCGUCGGCGGUGAGGAGCACUACAGCCUACGCUGGAAUAAUCAUCAGGCUCACCUGCUGCGCUCCUUCGAAGCGCUUCUGCACGCGGAAACUCUAGUCGAUGUCACACUCGUCUGUGCCGAGCGGAGAGUGCGAGCGCACAAAGUUAUGCUAGGCGCCUGCAGUCCUCUGUUCCGGAAAAUAUUCAGCGAAAACCCGUGUAAACAUCCCGUGAUCGUAUUGAAAGACUUUCAAGGAUGGGAGGUUCAAGCUGUGGUGGACUUUAUAUACCGCGGAGAGGUUUCGGUGGCGCAAGAGCAGCUGAGUACAGUCCUCCGUGCAGGAGAGUCCCUGAAGGUACGGGGACUGGCCGAUCAAGACCGUGAAGAAAACAAUGACUCGCCUACACCUCUAGAGAAUAGCCCUGACCAAACGACCCCACAAGCACCGUCUCCACCUGUAAGCCCAGCAAGUCCACAACCACGAAGGAAACAGGCUAGGCCUCGCCGCUGUUCAGGAGAAUCAGAUACACCCGAGAACUUGUCAAUGAGGCGGUCGCCUAACGUUGGACUUAAAGCAGUGCGAUUGGCGAGACCACGAUCACCACAGAAGCAGGAACACGAGGAUCACGAACCCGAGGCGCCACCGCCGCCGCGGAUGUUUCAGCCACAUCAAGACAUGUUUCCACCUGUACCACCAGCUGCUGUCUCGGCUCUAUCGAUCACACCACCACACAUGUUCGGACUAGAUUCUCCUCUGGGCCUGUUUCCCCCGGGAAUGGAGCACAAGAUGUACCCGCUGAUGGACGUUGAACACCGAGGACCACCGAUAGACGCACAACUCUUCAACAAUGUCAAAAAGAAAUGGCGACCAAAAGGACAACACAGUGCUCCGCGAGGCGGCCCUCCUCGCUCCUGGACCAACGCUGAACUGACCGAGGCUCUGCAACACGUAUGGAACAAAAAAAUGACCACCAGCCAAGCGUCUAGAAUCUUCGGCAUACCGUACAACUCUCUGCUUAUGUACGUGCGCGGAAAAUACGGAAAGAGCCUAAAACUGGAACAGUUAAGAAAAGACUGCAUCGGAGGACCUCUGGACGUCCUGAACUUGAACUCCGGGAACAACAACAACAACCACCCGCCGAGCAAGCACCAGCACGACAAGGACGACCAUCAGAACCCAAGCCAAAGACCGGCCAGCUCCGAGCCGGACAUCGCCUCGAACCCCAUGUUCAACCCGUUCCAGCAAGGCUUUUACCCAGAAUUCCCGCCAGGUUUCCCGAUGCCGCUCAAUAUGCUUCAUCUUCUGCCUCCGAGCGAUAAAGCCAGGGAACUCUAUCAGUCUAUACCGAUGGCUCUGGACUCGCUGUCAGGCGUGACAAAAGAAGAGGAUAGUAAGAGCGAUAGGUCAAAGGAGAACUCCGCCGACGAGGAGGGCGAGACGUACCGCGCGGUGCACGCUCCGCACCAGCCCGACUCACGCACGCUCCUCCACCACAACGGGCAGGACUAA